CGCUUUCUUUACUUUGAAUAGAAGGUGGUGGUUUUUACAAACAAGGAUGCAUGCGAUGCAAACGGAGUCAUUAGCGAUCGCUCCGGAUGUCAUGAAAUCCGCGGAGGUGCCCUUCGUGAAAACGAUCCCGAGCGAGCUAGCACGUACUACGGUGAUGUCACGUCCCUUCGCAAGCGUGGAGCUCACUAACGGCGCCGUUAUCACGGGGCAUAUCUGCGAGAUCGAUCCUUUCACCAUGAAUAUCAAACUAGACUCAGUAACCCAUACCAGUGUAAAGCGUCGGUUUGAUGGUAAGACGAACGCAAACUGUCCAGAGGAGCCGAGCCCUAAAAAAGUGAAGAGCGAAGUCAUGGAAGGGGGGCGGACCUCGUGUGUCGAGGAGGAUUCGCCGAUUGCGUUUCGGUGUGUUAGUCAGGUGGUGAUUCGUGGCUCGUGCGUGCGCUACAUUGACUUUCCUAGCCCAGAGACGGGAGGUAAUAGUGUGCACGGCUUCGAAGAACUCCUCAAGAUUUCCAAUACUGUGCGCCCUUCGGUGUAGUGCGCUUUUAGCUGAAUACGGCAAACGAAGGGAUGCCAUACUUGAUGAUUGCCCGUUGGUUGGGAUUAAGGUUGCAUCCCCAUGUCUUCUAAACAGCUUCUCCUCUGGGAGGAAUAAGAAGUGGGCCGCCGAUUCUGGUAGCUGAACGUUUGAGCGGUUAAUUGACAAAUGUGUUUCUUACCUGAGGGUUACUCCACUAAAUUUAUCCACCCUGAUGCCGCAGCUUUCUGCCUUUCAGAUACAAUAUAUUGCUAGAUAUAUAAAAACUCCCGCUGCUAGUGUAUGUUGUGUUGAAUGGCUGUCAUUUAGAUUUCACAA